AUGGACAUAUUUAGUUUGAAUCACCCAGAAGAUGAAGAUGUACAGGAAGUGGACAGCUGCUUAGACCAUUAUUAUGCCUCCAUUCUGAACGAUGGUGAUUCAACUGCCCUUUGUUAUGAAGAACAGGACAGCAUCACAUUUAGUGGUGACAACAAUGAGAUUUUUCGCGACUACAAAACAACAGCAGAGGACGUUCGUGCACAACCUGGUGUCCCAAAGAAAGAACUACACGAACUUCUUGACAGUUUGGCAAAGGAAAUCGACUACACAUCCAUAUCUAAAUUCAACUUUUCUCGAAGUUUUGUAUGGGAAGGAGCGAAAAGAGCACUAACGCGAAAGUCAUUUUGUGCAAAAAACAAGAUGUCUGUAAAAUUUACAGAUGACAUCGGCAACAGCGAGGGAGCCGUUGACUUGGGUGGACCUAUGAAGGAAUUCUUCACACUAGUUUUGCAGUGGAUGGUCACACCAGUUAUUUUGUGGCCCUGA